UGCCCAGCAACUAUCACUUGUAGUAUUCAUUUCGAAGCACCAGUCACCACUACACAACAGUCAUGAGCGGACGUGGUAAAGCGGGAAAAGCGAAAGGAGGCAAGUCCAAGACCAGAUCGUCGCGUGCCGGACUCCAGUUCCCGGUCGGUCGAAUCCAUCGUCUGCUGAGAAAGGGAAACUACGCCGAACGCGUCGGAGCCGGAGCACCGGUGUACCUUGCCGCCGUCAUGGAGUACUUGGCGGCUGAAGUUUUGGAGUUGGCCGGUAACGCCGCCCGUGACAACAAGAAGUCUCGUAUCAUCCCCAGACAUUUGCAAUUGGCCAUCAGAAAUGACGAAGAAUUGAACAAAUUGUUGUCCGGAGUGACCAUCGCUCAAGGUGGUGUGUUACCCAAUAUCCAGGCCGUGCUCUUGCCCAAGAAAACCGAGAAAAAAGCAUAAUUAAUUGUUGUGUCUAUAUAUUAAUAGAAUUUUAAAACGGCCCUUUUCAGG